AUGACGGCUGCGUCAGACACCCCUCGGCGUCCAGUAAUCGGCACACACAGCGGCAAGUUCCACGAGGACGAGGUGCUUGCGACAGUCAUGCUUCUCAGUUUGCCCGAGUACCAGAAUGCACGAAUUGUUCGGUCUCGGGAUCCUGCAGUUCUUGCAACGUGCGACAUCGUCGUGGACGUUGGUGCUGAAUAUGCUCCAGAGAAACUCCGAUUUGACCAUCACCAGAAGAGCUUUACUGCGACGUUCUAUGACGCGAUUCCGGGAGUCAACACGAGUGACCGGGUGGACACCAACGGAGGGAAGGAAGUCAGUGGCGAGGCCUCGUCGAAAAGCUCCAGAGCUGCAGAAAGGAAGACUGCUGUCACAAAACUCAGCAGUGCCGGUCUGAUCUACAAGCACUUUGGGAAGGAAAUCUUGCGACAUCGAUUUGGAGUGAGCUGCCCAGCGUUGCUGGACUGCGUCUUCCACCGGCUGUACACGUCGUUCGUUGAAGCAGUGGAUGCAAUCGACAAUGGUGUGUCCAUUGCGGCCGAUGGCAGCUCCCUUUUGUACAAAGACAGCACCAAUCUCAGCUGCCGCGUCUCCCGUUGUUAUCCUCCAUGGAACUUGGAAGACCUGAGGACAACUCGACCUCACCUCAAGCGCCUGCGGACUGAUGACGCGAAUCUCUAUCCCGCCGAUGUAGAGGGCGGAUCGGUGGAAGAAGUCCUCGGCUUCAGAAAAGCCAUGAAACUUGUGGAUUCCGAGUUUGAAGACGCAGUCAGUUCCAUUGUUGAUGUGUGGCUUCCGGCAAGACAGGUCGUGCUUGACGCAGUUCAAGAGAGAACCAAGGUUCAUCCUUCUGGGCGAAUCAUCAAACUAAAGCAGUGGUGCCCGUUCCAGGAGCACCUUCAUGAGAUCGAAGACGAGUUACAGGUGGAUGCUCCCGUGCUCUUCUGCCUCUAUCCGGAUAUUAAGGACGGAAUUGUGGAAGGCUGGCGCGUGUAUGCGGUGACUGAGAAGGACCAGUUAUUCAAGUCUCGCUUGCCGCUGUUAGAGAAGCUGCGAGGUCUACGGGAUAGCGAGUUGGGCGAAGCCGUUCUCACGGAUGAGCGGACCGACAAAUCGGAAGACAUGAAAAGCUCGGACUUUAUUCACUGCCAUGCAACCGGAUUCAUUGGUGGCGCAAAAACGCUGCCCGCAGCAACGGCAAUGGCGAAGCUCACCAUGAAGGAUGCCGGCUUGUGCUAG